CGACAUGCCUAAAUGAGGCAGAGACAGCGUCCCUGAACAUGACUAGAUGCUAAUUCUGUCGAAUAUACACGUAUUUACUGCAAAGAGAAGACUGGCGCACGUACAGUUCUCUUUUCAUCCAUUCGUCCUUCCAUCCGCCUGUGGACCUACAGAUAUGCGACCUGCUCCAUGGAGAUUGCUGUAGAUGGCUGAAGAGCUGUGUACUGGCUGGUUUCGCAUUGUUGCAGGCUCCUUGGAGAUAGAGGAAUGCAAAUCUGCAAUCAUGAUGGAAGGUUUGAAAAAACGUACCAGGAAGGCCUUUGGGAUACGGAAGAAAGAGAAGGGAGACAAGGACAAUGACUCCACGGGGUCCCCUGACAGAGAUGGGGGUUCCCAGAAGAAGGCCAAUGGAGCAGCUGUCAAUGGGUUCUCUGGAGAGAUCGACUGGGACAGAUAUAAUACCCCUACAGUGGACGAUGAAGGUUACAGUCUCAGGCCAGAUGAGGAGGAGGGGCCAGGAUCAGCCGGCCCCAAACCCCCCAAGGAGCACUUCUUCUCCUCCAGCGAGUCAGAGGGAGAGGAGGACCACCGGAAAAAGUUUAAGAUCAAGAUCAAACCGUUACCAGCGGAAAGUGCCAACUGUUUGGCCCCGUCAGUAGAUGAACUCAAAGCCUCCAUAGGCAACAUAGCUCUGUCUCCCUCUCCUCUGAGGAGUAGUCCGAGACGUAGCCCGGGGUUGAUGAAUAAGGACUGUAGUGAAGAGAUACAGGUAGCUCGGCCAAGACGUUCUGCACCCAUUGCAGCCCCCACGUUAGCAGCCCCGGUGCUACAAGCCCCCAGAAGUAAGAAAUCCCCAGCAGUACCACUACCAGAGAAGGAACCAGCCCCAGUACCAGCCCCAGUACCAGCCCCAGUACCAGCCCCAGUACCAGCCCCAGAACCAGCCCCAGUACCAGCCCCAGUACCAGUAACAGCCCCAGUACCAGCACCAGUAACAGCCCCAGUACCAGCCCCAGUACCAGCCCCAGUACCAGCCCAAGUACCAGAGGACGCUACAGCCUUAUUUGGACCUCCCCUGGAGACAGCCUUCAGAGAGCAGAAAACUGAAGUGGGAAUAUCUGAGCAGGUGGUGUGUGACGUGUGGGGUGCUCCUCUACCUGAGUCUGAGUCACUGAGCCCAGACUUCUGUUUCACCAGAACCUUCUCCACAGGAACUCCGCCUCCGCUUCCGCCCAAGAAUGUCCCGACCUCCCCUCCUCCGACCAGCUCCCCCUCUGCAGAUGCUGCCGGAGCAUCCUCUCCAGCUCGUCCUGCUACACCGUCAGCUCCAUCAGCGGUUUUCAGCAGCCCUCCCCCUCCCCCUCCACGCCCCACCUCACGACCCAAAUUGCCCCCUGGGAAACCCAGCAAGGGGGACAUGAGCCGGCCCUUCAGUCCCCCGGGCAGUCACUCUUCCAGCCCCCUUCCAUUCCCCCUGGCCCGGGCCGAGAGCACUUCCUCUAUCUCCUCCAACAACUCCCUGAGUGCAGCCACCACCCCCACCGUCGAGAAUGACCAGCCUUCCCUGGUUUGGUUUGACAGAGGGAAGUUUUAUUUAACCUUUGAAGGCUGCUCCAGGGGACCCAGCCCUCUCACCAUGGGGGCCCAGGACACCCUUCCAGUGGCGGCAGCUUUUACUGAAACAGUCAAUGCCUUCUUCAAAGGAGCCAACCCUAACAAGUGUGUUGUGAAGAUCACAGGCGAGAUGGUGCUGUCGUUUCCAGCGGGGAUCACACGCCACUUUGCCAAUAACCCGUCCCCUGCCGUGCUAACCUUCAGCAUAACCCACUACAGCUGGCUGGAGCAUGUGCUGCCUAAUCCCCAGCUACUCUGCUGUGACACCGCCACAACACCCAACCCUGACUGCAAGACCUUCUGGGUGAACAUGCCAAACCUGAUGACCCAUCUAAAGAAGGUGGCCGAGCAGAAACCCCAGGCCACAUACUACAAUGUGGACAUGCUCAAAUACCAGGUAUCCGCGCAAGGCCUCACGUCGACCCCCCUGAACCUGGCAGCCAGUUGGCGGUGUGAACCCACCAGCACGGACCUCCGGAUAGACUACAAGUACAACGGCGGCUCCAUGACAACGCCCGUGGCGCUCAACAACGUCCAGUUCCUGAUCCCCGUAGACGGAGGGGUCACCAAGCUACUGGCUGUGCUUCCCCCUGCCGCAUGGAAUGCAGAGCAGCAAAGAAUCCUGUGGAAGAUUCCUGAUAUUUCCCAGAAAUCUGAAAAUGGAGGCAUUGGCUCAUUGUUGGCACGGUUCCAGCUGUCGGAGGGCCCCAGUAAACCCUCUCCCCUGGCGGUCCAGUUCACCAGCGAGGGUAGCACUCUGUCAGGCUGUGAUAUAGAACUGGCUGGGCCAGGGUACCGCUUCUCACUCAUCAAGAAGAGGUUCGCUGCAGGAAAAUACUUGGCAGACAACUGAUACUUCAUACUACUACUGAACAAAUACACUGGAGAUCAUCAUCUCAAUGGACUAAUGAAAUCCUAUACUACAGAGGACAGACCUACACCACCACCUCCCUACAGACAGACACUUCUUUCUAAACCCACGAGACAGACAGGCCAAGGCCACACAGCCUACUGUACCCAGCAGUAUUGUAUAGCUUGCAUAUAGUCUCGUGGACCGUUUUAGGGUGUAAUUAUUGUAUUUGUAAAAUGUAUUAAAAUGUAUUAAUUUCAGAACAUCUGUAUUGCUGCUACUCUAGACAUCUACCCGGGUUUCCCUCUCUAAAGGUACAUGCUUCUGCCUCUCUAUCCCACUCUCUAACGUGUGGUGUUCAAACUUAAACACUGCUACAGCUACCUAGCUACUCAACCGCAAAAUCAUGGUCUCAACCGUGAACCUAACACAUAAUACACUGAGUAUAUUUUGAUGCAACAACAAAUAUGUGGUAUUAGGAGAGGAUGUAUGAAAAGACCAUUGGGUUGUGCCAUUUAGUGAACUAAGAUGAAUAGACGCACCAUGAUGUCACACUCCUCCAUUCAGUUUAAGGGAGGGGCUAAUUCUUGCUUCUCGCAUGCCUCUGAUUGGACACGGUUAGCGCUACCAUGGAAUUCUGGGUAUUGGAGUUUUUAUGUUGUUGGGUUUUUAACAGUUAAUGCGUUACACACUGGCAUAGCAGGUUUAAAGGACAUUGUUCAUUUGGAUGGUGACCAUUGGUGACUCCUCUCUUCUUUGAAUGCAGUGAUUUAACAUCGGCUUCAAACAUAUACUCUCAACAUUUUCCUCAGAAAUGAUCAGAAAGUCCUGAGUAGUUAGGCAGCUGCAACAAUAAAUACAUUCUUGGUUGCAAUAUAAAACAAAUAUAAUAUGUUUCCCUCAAUAAAAAAACCUGUACAAAGUCUUAUUUUAAAUGAAUAAUAUAUAUCUGAAAGGGCGUUUGGUGUUUUCCUUCCUUUCUGUUGUUCCUGACACAGCAGUGGUAGACGUACUUCAGAGUACAUUACAGCAUUCUAUUUUUAUUUAUUGAUGAUUUUAAAAGUAUGUGAUUCUGUAUAUGAAUAGAAUUUCAAUGGUAUUGUAAUUUAGAAUGAAGGUAUAAAUAUUCUCUUUGUUUUCUGUGUAGUUGGGUAACCUGUGUACAGUAUAAUGUAUAAGGUAUAAUUUUAGAAUUUAUUUCAGAUAUAUAAUUUUUUAACUCAAGUGCAUCAGAUUUGACUACAGUAUAUAUGCGCGUGGGGGGAUAAAAUAAAAAAACAAGAUGAAUAGCACCUGGAUGUGUACGUCAGGCAGUAUGAAAGCAGUGUUAUUUAGAGUUACACUAAUAGUUAUUACCUUGGAUAAUCAGUCAGGUUUUGACUAUGUUCUGCUCUGUUUCCAUUCACCUCAAUGUGUUAUUCUGCAUCAAACAGCAUGAACUCCCCUUCGGAUCAAACCAACCAGCGCUUGAAUCCAUGGCUUUAUUUUGCAUAAUGGUAAUGGUCUCUGUGAGAUGACAUGGUGACGAGGAUUUGGAGGGAGGUUAGAUGACCAAAACGCUUUUUGUAUUUUAUGUGUGUACUCCAGACUGUCCUCUAAAAGAGAAAUAAGGGGAAUAUUUUUUGAAACAACAAAAACCCCAUCUUGUUUCAUGUGAAGAACACUGUGCUGAUAAUGUUAGAAACCUCCUGAAGGUCUCCUUGUGUGGGCAUCAUAAGUAUGUCAGGAUACUAUCUGUACUUCAUGAAGCUACAUAGCACCAUUUAUACACCUGCCUUAGAACUGCCAUAGAAGUGUCUUACAUGUCCAUUUUGUCUGACCAUUUAGUUGGCAUUUCUAAGUAAGGCAUCAAUGAAUUGUGUCAUGUAGCUCUCUGUAUAGCUGUUUAGUGAGUAACACUUUACUUGAACAUUAUUGUACACACCUAACUAUAGUUAACAGAAAUGACAUUGGUAAUGUUAUUACUGUUUAUGAACUAUGUAUGAUCUCUGGUCGUGCUUAUGAUGGAGGGAGGGUUCAAGCUAAGUGUUACGGCAUGGGUAAUGUAAUGUGUGCCUGCACACAGUUACGGUAUAGUGUUAAAGGGAAGUGGUCCACCAACCAAUAGAUUCGUUGACCUGUUGUCAUGUUAACUGUGAGAACUGAAGACCAGAGCAGGAAGUGUGUGUGUGUGGCGUGCUAAGCCAGACUGCUUUGGGUACCGUACUGUUUCUCUGUCAACCACAUGUGCAAGCUGUGUUUGUACAGACAAUGUUAAGAUGAUCUGAUGAGAAACGAAGUUUGCUUUUUUUCCAAAACCAAUAAAAGUUAUGAACUGGACAAGUUUUUGGAGCACUCUUUUUGCAACUCACAGCAGAAGUUGUAUUAGUUGUAGGUACAGGAUACACAUGGUAUACACUGUCCAACAAAAUGCUUACUUACAGGUUCCUUCUCCACAAUGCAACAACAAUAAGAAAUAACACAACAAUACCAACAUAAAGUAAAUGCCUCAAUAGUAUAUCAUAAAUAUUUUGCAUGUUGCUCAAAUGCAGUUUAUUCUGUAUUUCCUCCACCAAUUUUGUGUUCUGAUGUACAGUGCAACACAUCAAGGUUGGCUGUAACAACAUUGUCUUAAAGCCUUACUAGGAAUACACUCCUUCUGCUAUUAAGAAGCUGUUUAUAAUUGUGUGCUGAGGGAGAUCCAACUGUAGUAUGAUUAGCCUUUAAUUCAACGUACCAUGUGUACUGUACAUAUAUGUUUGUUUCAUUUUAUAUUUAUAUGGAUAUAUUUGUUAUUUCAUCUGUUUGUGUUAUCCAAUGCACAGGAUACUGAAUAUGAAAUUGUUUAAUGUGAUGUACCGUACUAAUGAAAUGUUCCAAACGAAUGCAGAAUGACCCACCAUGUUAUGAUGUGGGUUUUCUCUGAAAUAAAGGAGGCGUAUCAAUUAUGUUUGA